UUAUAGUAUCAUCUGCGAACGUUGACAGUAGGAUGUCAGGGUUCUUCUUGGUUUCACCUGAUACCAUGAGGAAGUCGUGUUCAAAGAUAUAAUCAGGAAUUGGCAUGUCAGACGAAUAAAUAUUGAAGAGAAGGGGGCCCAGAACACUGCCCUGGGGUAUUCCUGCAGUGAUUUUGCCAAUUCUGGAAUAUGUGUCAUCUGUGCCCCUGACUGUGAACGAUCUAUCCUGCAGAUAGCUUUCAAGAAUCUUGAACAAGCAGUAAGGCAGGAGUUUGGCCAGUUUAUUCAAUAAUCCUAAGUGCCACACUUUAUCAAAUGCUUCAGUAAUGUCUACAAAUACAGCAGAGCUGUAUUCUUUUUGUUCGAGUGAUUUUUGUAGUAACUGUGUGACCCUUGCGAGUUCAGUGCUGUGGUUUUUACGAAAGCCAAAUUGAUGGUUUGGAAUUGCUUUGCCAAAAAGUUGAAUACAAAUUAUAUUGUUCACACCAAAGAUUAAAAAGGGGCAACGUUACAAGGUCAAGGACAAUAUCCAAAAUAUUCACACGAAAUACGUUUUGGAUGGCAAAGCAACGAUUGCUUUCAAGAAGCCCUCACUGAAUCUGUUGAUUAAAUGUGAUCCCAUUCAGCUGAAGGGAUUCCUGCAGACGCUUAAACUGGGUAUGGAAGGCAAGGAUGUCAUCAAUUUGAGACUAAAUACAGUCACUGCCAUGGCACAAAAAUCAAAGUUACAGACGAAAAUGGCUAUAAAUCGUCACAGUGACUAUCCCAUCAAGGUCUUUCCUCGAUAUCUACAAUCCCUAACAAUAGACAAUACGCAAUUGGUUAAAUUGAGCUAUCAUAUAUGCUCCUUACGGAAUCUAACCCACCUGGAUGUAUCCAACAAUAAGUUGCGUAAGUUACCUGUUUAACUGGGGAGAUUACACUUGAGCAAGCUCGUCCUCCAUGACAAUAAUCUGGGUGAAAUGGACGAUUGGUCAUUUCUAAAUGGCAGCAAAUUACGAGACUCCCUG